AUGGAGCGCUCGCCCGAAACCAUAGAAUGCGUACCCGAAUACGACUUAUUGUCAGAUAGAAUCAAACGACACAUCGCCAGGAAAAGAAAACGGGGAGAAGAUCCGAGGAGGCAGAACUUGAGUCGGAACCAAGUCGACAAGAAGGAAUCUAAACUUUUCUUGGAAUGCGCCACGUGCGGCAAACGUUUCAGCCAGAAAGCUACCAUGAUAAAACACAUGAGCCUGCACAAAUAUCAGUGUCAAACCUGCUGCCUGAGCUUUGGUCUGAAGCGAGAGCUCAAGUGCCACAUCAUGAACGUUCACGGACCUCUUCUGUAUCCCUGCAGCAUCUGCGACUACAAGAGCAACAACAAGUGUACCCUGAAGGACCAUUUCAUACGGAAACAUACCAGCGGCUUCCAGCACUCCUGUACGGUCUGCAAGAAGCAGUUCAAAAUAAAAAAUGACCUAAAGCAACACAUGAAUCAGGUGCACAGCGGCGAGCCGCCUAUUAUCUGCAGCAUCUGCGGACAUGCCUGCAAGAACGUACCCGCCAUCAAGGCGCACAUGAAGUAUCGACAUUACAAGCCAGCUUACGAGUGUAAGAUAUGUAAGCGUGGAUUAACCACGCAAGAGAAUCUUGACCAACACCUGAUCUGGCACGAGCGAAAGGAGAAAGUCGUCUGUCCCACCUGCGGCAAGACUUUCGGCCAGAAGAGAGACUUGGAUCUCCACCUGAGGAUCCAUCAGGGUAUCCGGCCGUUCUCCUGUCCGGUCUGCGGUAAAACCUUCCCAAGAAAGACCGCGCAAGAGCAACACAUAUUAAUUCACACCGGCAAAAAGCCGUACAUCUGCGACAUAUGCGGACAUACUUUCGCGCAGAAACCGGGACUUAUCUGCCACAGGAAGCGACAUCCCGGACCGCUGCCGCCGUUGCCUGUCGUAUCCAUUAAGAAAAUAAUCAUGGACUUUACGCAAGAAUUGGUCUCCUCUACGCAACAAGACAAAAUAGAUAGCUAA